AUGGCAGGCUUGGUAUCAGAUUCUUCAGUUGUUGUAGUGCGUGCAAAGCCAGAAGGACAAAGAAAAACUUUUAAACCCAAUAUAAGAUCAGUAAACAGAAUACCAGAUGAUUUGUUAAAGGAUCCACUAAUAAAUCGAGCCUGUGAAGCUUUGCCUAACAAUUACAAUUUUGAAAUUCAUAAAACGAUAUGGAGAAUUCGUUCGUUAGGAUCAAAAAGGGUAGCUCUUCAGUUACCAGAAGGGUUAACUAUGUUUGCGACGACAUUAUGCGACAUUAUAGAAACAUUUACGGAGGCAGAUACUGUAAUAAUGGGUGAUGUUACAUAUGGAGCCUGCUGUAUAGACGAUUUUACUGCGAUCGCUCUUGGUGUUGAACUUUUAGUGCAUUAUGGUCACUCAUGUCUUAUACCAAUAGAUCAAACUAGCAGUAUAAAAGUUCUCUACAUAUUUGUAGAUAUAAAAAUAGAUCCAUCACAUUUUUUAGAAACAAUUAGACUAAACUUUCCUAAAAAAACACAUUUAGCAAUAGUUAGUACAAUUCAAUUUGUCACAACUCUCCAUUCAGUUACCAAGGAUCUAAGAAAUGAUGAUUAUAUUGUGACAGUGCCACAAAGUAAACCCUUAUCUCCAGGUGAAAUCCUUGGUUGUACAGCCCCUAAGCUGAAUGCUGAUUGCAUAGUUUAUCUCGGAGAUGGUAGAUUUCAUUUAGAAGCAAUUAUGAUAGCAAAUCCCACAAUUCCAGCAUAUAAAUAUGAUCCUUAUGAAAAGAAAUUCACUUUAGAAGAUUACGACCAUGACAUAAUGAAAAUGAACAGAAGUAAUCAAAUAAAAUUAGCAUCAGAUGCAAAUUCUUUUGGUCUUAUUCUAGGAACACUGGGGAGACAAGGAAGUACAAAAGUCCUAAAUAAUCUUGAAAAGCAAAUCUCCAAUUGCAAUAAACAUUAUGUUAAGAUUCUGCUGUCUGAAGUAUUUCCCAGCAAACUUGCAUUAUUUGGCUUAGAUGCUUUUGUACAAGUUGCUUGCCCUAGGCUGUCUAUCGAUUGGGGAACUGCAUUUCCUCAGCCACUUUUAACACCAUAUGAGUUUUCUGUUUCAUUAGGUAACAGUAAGUGGCUGAAAGAAGAUGGAACAUACCCAAUGGAUUUUUAUUCAAAUGAUAGUCUUGGACCUUGGACACCUAACUAUAAACCUGUCUUUUGUUCAGGUACUGAUAAAAAGUGUGAUAAUUGCUGCGGUGGCAAGGAAAAAUAA